ACACUAUACUAUUACUUUGCUCUCUGUCACAUUUUCCCUCUCUCUCUCUCUCUCCACUCUCUGCUCAAAGCACAGACAAACGAAACCGAAAGAAACAUGACAUCCAAAGGUUUCUAGAGAGAGAAACAGUGCAAUAUCAUCCAAAUCAUCCACCUGGAAGAAGAACAACACGACAUUAUUCAUAUUCAUAUCUUUCUGCAAUAAUAUUAUCCUGCAAAUAAAUGCAUCACUGUAGAAUCUUCAAUCCUGACACCACAAGUACACGCAUUGUAUCCACCUGAUUAAAUCCCAUCAAUUUCUUCACAAACCCUAAACCCCCAAAUCGCAAAAAGAUUCUGCUGUUGAUUAUCAAGGGGACUGUUCAAUUGUUUGAGAAUCUGCAAAAAAAAAAAAAAAAAAAAAAAAAAAAAUUGACUAAAUAGCAAAUUGAGAUGAACUGAUCAGUAGAUGAACUGAUCAGUUUGAGAAAGAUAAGAAAAUUAGGGUAACUGAUUUGAAGAGGGUGAAGAAUGGAAGGAGCAUGGGAUCAUUUUGGGGAGAUAGCAAAUGUGGCGCAAUUAACGGGGCUAGAUGCGGUGCGGCUGAUAGGGAUGAUUGUUCAAGCGGCUAGCACGGCGCGUAUGCACAAGAAAAACUGCAAGCAGUUUGCAACGCAUUUGAAGUUAAUUGGGAAUCUUUUACAACAACUUAAGAUCAGUGAACUGAAAAGGUAUCCGGAGACCCGUGAACCGUUGGAGCAACUCGAGGAAGCGUUACGGAGGUCUUACAUUUUGGUCAAUAGUUGUCAAGAUCGAAGCUACCUAUACUUGCUUGCCAUGGGAUGGAAUAUUGUUUACCAAUUCAGAAAGGCCCAAAAUGAAAUCGAUCGUUAUUUGAAGAUUAUUCCACUCAUCACUCUCGUCGAUAAUGCUCGAGUCAGGGAAAGAUUGGAAUAUAUCGAAUACGAUCAGCGUGAAUACACAUUAGACGAUGAAGAUAGAAAGGUGCAAGAUGUAAUUAUGAAACCUGAUCCUUCGCAUGCCGAUACCGUAAUUUUGAAGAAAUCGUUGUCAUGUAGCUACCCGAACUUACCCUUUAAGGAAGUUAUCAAGAAAGAAAACGAAAAGCUUCAAUUGGAACUACAACGAUCACAAGCUCACUUAGAUGUAGGCCAAUGCGAAGUAAUUCAACAUUUGAUCGAGGUUACACAAGUCGUCGCCUCAAAAUCUCAACACGAGCAAGAUUCACCCAAAAAGACUUCCAAGAAAGCUGACGUCAGCAGCGAUAAAGAAGUUGAAGAUGAGAGCGAUUCAGAAAAAACCGCACACUCAAAUACAAACACUUCUAUGGUUUUGUACGGACAUGAUUUUUCGUCGUCUCAAGCAUCUUACGGCGAUGGAGAGUGGCAUUCGGAUCUACUCGGUUGUUGUUCGGAGCCUAAGAUGUGCAUAAAGACUUUCUUUUUUCCUUGUGGGACAUUUUCAAAGAUUGCAAGUGUUGCAACAAACAGGCACAUGACUUCCGGAGAGGCCUGCAAUGAGCUGAUGGCGUAUUCGCUAAUAUUAUCGUGCUGUUGCUAUACUUGUUGCAUCAGGGGGAAGCUUCGAAAGACCUUCGAUAUCACGGGUGGGUGGUGUGAUGACUUUCUGUCACAUGUUAUGUGCUGCUGCUGUGCGCUUGUUCAAGAACUGCGUGAAAUUGAGAUGCGUGGAAUCCAUGGUCCUGGGAAGACACAAACAACCCCUCCAUCCUCACAGUAUAUGGAAUCCUGAAGUUAAUUAUAUAGAUGUUAGAACAUGAAUUUUGUUAUAUAUAUAGCUUUCUUGUCAUUGUUAAUACACUUUUCAUAAUAUUUCUACUUUAAAGCAUAUAUAUAUAUAUAAUGUGAAAAGUGAAAUUAUUAUUUUUCUUUUUAAUA